AUGGAGCUAACUAUCUAUUUGAAUAACCUGCACUGCCAUAGCUGCGAGCAGCUAAUCCGCCAAGUUGUGUCUCGUCGUUUUGACUGGGACGGUGUAUCCGUUGAUAGUCCUGGAAACCGAAAUGGCAAUCCAAAGGGCCUAGAUAUCAAUCCUUUCAAACCUAAAAAGCUGGGUGUGGUACGGUCUCUCUCGUUUGAUAUGAAAAGUGGACUUGUAUCCUUAAGUUUGAGCGAAAAGGGUGCCAAGAAGGACCCAGAAAGAAACGUUGAAUCUUCUUUUGUAUCUGAAGUCCCCAACGUAAUCAAAAAAGAUAUCGAACAUGCUGGUUUCGACGUACGUGAAAUCCGGGUCGAGUCGAACGAUACGGUAGUGGAUAAUUUUCACCGUGUUGAGUCACGGUCGCUGCACCAGGGGGGUUAUUUGUCGAAACUAGGCAGUUUUCGGCUCACCAAGUUUAAGAGACGAAGAAAACAUGCUAGAUACUGUAAAGAGUGCUAUACCGCGGGAAAGAAGCCCAACGAUGAGCAAUACGAACUAGACGACAAGACGAACAGCAAAGUUGGUGCGCAAUACAAAGCAAUUUUCGCCAUCGGUGGCAUGACUUGUUCAAACUGCGCUGGAAUUGUGAAGUCGGCUAUCACGAAAGUUCUGAACACGCAAGACUUUGAAGCUAAGGUAGCGAUCAAUACGGUCCACAAUACUGCCACUGUCAUCACUAAAAGCAAACAGCUCGUCCAAGUGGUUAUUGAUAGUGUUGAUGAGGCCGGUUAUACUGCUCAGCUACUAGAAAUACUGCCUCUCACUAGUGAGCGCCGUUUCAAGCUUUCUGCAGCCAUUGAUGGUAUCACUUGCGCUGCAUGUGCAUCAGCCAUCACAUGCACUGCCGAGCAGUUACCUUACGUGGAAGAGGUAGCGGUGAAUGUUCUUUCGAAAUCUGCUACCUUCAUUUUGAGCUCAGUCGAAAAUAACGUGUUGCGAGAACUUCAGGAAACCAUUGAAGAUUCUGGUUUCGGCUUUCAGCCACUUGGCAAACCAGAGAGCGUGGAUCAUGCUUCUGCUAGAAAAUUGACCAGAAUUCUAAGUUUACGAGUCGACGGAAUGUUUUGCCCGCAGUGCCCAGCAAAUGUCAAUGAUUUACUAUCCCAUUUUGAAAGCGCGGAUCUUGUUAUAGAAAAGCCCUUGUCCCUAGAAUCUCCUACCGUGAAAUUCAGUUACACACCGAAUGUUGAGAAAGGCGUCACCGUAAGAAGCAUUAUAGAGAGAAUAUUGGAAAAGCUAUCCAGUGGCAAUGAUUCAAACAUAAAGGUAUCUAUUGUCAAAGAGAGGACUUUCGAGGAGCAAUUGAGUGAAAUGGCGAUACGCGACACGUACAAGAUAGCUGUCAGAUUACUUGCCGCUUUUAUUUUCGCCAUACCCACCUUUAUCUUUGGAGUAUUAGGACCAUCGCUCCUUCCGAAAGACAGUAUGUUUAGAAUGUGGGUGGAAGAGUCCAUGUGGGCCGGUAAUACAUCGAGAAUGACGUGGGUGCUGUUUUUUUUGAGCACACCUGUCUAUUUUUUCGUCGACGACGUGUUCCAUAGGAAGGCUAUUUUAGAGGUAAGAGCGCUUUGGAAACAUAAGGAGGAUUGGAAAAGACGAGUGUUCAAGUUUGGAAGCAUGAAUCUCCUCGUGUCAUUGGGAACUAGUGUUGCUUAUUUUGCCAGUAUUGCCAUGCUUGCGCUUUCUUCGACAAAUGCAAAAAAAAAAGGCAGCGCGGGCUACACCACGACUUAUUUUGAUGCGGUAGUCUUCCUAACAUUUUUUCUUCUUGUGGGCAGACUCCUCGAAACGUACUCGAAAAAUAGGACGGCUCAAGCUGUGAAUGAUCUUAAUUUGCUGAAGCAAAAUGAUGCGACCUUAGUCGAUCAUCUAAAAGACGGAAGGUUUGUCAAUGAUAGAACAGCUAACAUUCAGUACCUCGAAAUCGGAGACUACAUCAGAGUGGCUUCAGGUGAAUCACCACCGAUGGACUGCAUCGUUGCUCAAGGAACGACAAGCUUUGAUGAAAGCGCUCUCACUGGUGAAUCAAUACCAAUAGAGCAUAAAAUGGGUGAGCAGAUAUUUGCUGGAACUGUCAAUGUUGGGGCCCAAGCAAUCAUCGGCAGAAUUUGUGCCUUAGACGGAGAGUCUCUGCUUAACCAAAUUGUAAGUUCAGUACGCGACGGACAGUUGAAAAAAGCGCCGGUUGAAAAACUCGCAGAUUCUUUAACGGCUUUCUUUGUUCCGGUGAUCGUGUCCAUUGCUAUCAUCACAUGGAUUAUAUGGAUUUCUCUGGGCUUCAGUGGCCAACUACCUCAAAGCUACCUGGAUAUUGACGUCGGUGGUUGGACAGUAUGGUCCCUAGAGUUCGCGAUAUCUGUUUUUGUCAUUGCUUGCCCGUGUGGAAUUGGAUUAGCAGCUCCUACAGCCUUAUUUGUGGGUGGUGGGCUUGCUGCCAAACAUGGUAUCUUGGCAAGAGGUGGUGGGGCUGCUUUCCAGGAAGGCUCCCGAGUUUCUGUGGUAUGUUUCGAUAAGACGGGAACUCUGACUAUUGGAGGCGCACCAAAAGUGACAAACUACUCUUUUCAUAGCAAUCCGUCCAUGAAAAGAAUAGCUGUUCAAGCUGCAAGAGAUUUAGAGCUUGUCUCAAAGCAUCCUAUUGCAAUGGGCGUUAAAAGCUUCCUUGACCAAGAGUUCGAGGCCCUUAUGGGACACGAACUGAUCUCUUCGGUGGAGGAAAUUGCGGGUAAAGGGCUCAAGGGAGACUUCAUUAAUGGGACGGAUGCUAUAUCGAGUAUGAAACAGUCGGUAUUACCAGAAAGUGCAAUUCUAGGGAACGAAAUUUUUAUGGCCGAGAACAACUGCCAUUUGAGUUCUUCUCAGGUGAAGAUGCUGGCUGAUUGGAAAUCUGCGGGGAAAAGUGUUAUUAUUUUGGCCAUAAAAUCGAACACUUUUUUUAAAAGCAGUGCUUUCUUUCCCGUAAUGCUUUUAGCUGUGAGAGACCAGAUUAGACCGGAAGCCAAGGGAGUGAUCAAAGAAUUGCGAAAGGAGGGAAUCGAGUGUUGGAUGAUUUCUGGGGACAACAAAAUGACGGCGUCCGCCAUUGCCAAGGAAUUAGGGAUUGAUAAUGUUGUAGCUGAAGUUCUUCCCGAAGCAAAAGCAGAGAAGGUUACAUGGAUCAAGAAGACCUAUCUCGUACGUAAAAAGUCACCUGUAGUGGCAUUUGUUGGAGAUGGGAUCAAUGACGGUCCUGCAUUAGCUGCAGCCGAUGUUGGUGUUGCAUUAGCUAGCGGCAGUGACCUUGCCAUGAGCGCUUGCGACUUUGCGUUACUUUCAGGAACGCACACCUUGUGUUCGCUCUUGACGUUGCUACAUUUAUCUCGUAAAGUGUUUCAAAGGGUCCGGUUCAACUUUGCAUGGGCUUUAAUAUACAACAUGAUCGGGAUUCCUAUUGCAGCAGGCGUCAUAUAUCCUUACAACAAUACCAGACUGUCGCCCGUAUGGGCGAGUGCGGCGAUGGCUGCAUCUUCCGUUAGUGUCGUAAUGAGCAGCUUGGCAUUGCGCAUGUACAGGCCACCGUCGGUCUCGAAAGAUGAAAAUCAGAAAUUGGUAUUUGAUCGUUUCGUUCCGGUCGCACACAAGUUCACGUAG